GAGCGGCGCGAGCCGGUUCCAUGGCGGACCCCCGAGCGGAGUCGGAGCCCCUUCUGAGCCGGGCCCGGGGCGACGGCGGCCGCGACUGCCCUGCGGGCUCAGCCUCUUGCCGCCCUGGUGCCGCGUCUUGGCGGGACCUCUGCUUUGACCAGGCUGCUGUCUUCAUCGAAGAUGCGAUCCAGUAUCGCUCCAUUAACCACCGCAUGGAUGUCAGGUCGAUGUGGCUUUACCGGUUGUAUUACUCGAACACGUGCCAAUGGAUAUUGAGCCUCACCAUUUUCUUGAUCCUGUUUUUGGCCUUUAUCGAGAGCCCUUCCUCGCUCACUAGCACCGCGGACAUCCGCUACCGCUCGGCCCCCUGGGAUCCACCCUGCGGCCUGACCGAGGGCGUCGAGGUGCUCUGCCUGCUGGUCUUUGUGGCCGACGUCUCUGUGAAGAGCUACCUGGUUGGGUGGGCCCAGUUCCGGACGAACCCCUGGCUGCUGGCCUACCUCGCGGUGCUGGUCGUGUCUCUCACGGACUGGAUUGUGUCGCUGAGUCUGCUUUGCCAGGAGCGGCUGCGGAUCCGCAGGCUCCUGCGGCCGUUCUUCCUGAUGCAGAACUCGUCCAUGAUGAAGAAGACGCUCAAGUGUAUCCGGUCGUCGCUGCCGGAGAUGGCCAGUGUCCUGCUGCUGCUGGCGCUGCACCUGUACGUCUUCACCAUGUCUGGGAUGCUGCUCUUCACAGGCGAGAAGCAGGGCGAUGGGCAGGACCGGGAGAGGCGGAUCUAUUUUCGCAACCUGCCGGAGGCUCUGACCUCCCUCCUGGUGCUGCUGACCACCGCCAACAACCCUGACGUUAUGAUUCCUGCAUAUUCCAAGAACCGGGCCUACGCCAUCUUUUUCAUAGUCUUCACCCUGAUAGGGAGCUUGUUUCUGAUGAACCUGCUGACGGCCAUCAUCUACAAUCAGUUCCGGGGCUACCUCAUGAAGUCCUUCCAGACCUCGCUGUUCCGGAGGCGGCUGGGAGUGCGGGCCGCCUACGAGGUGCUCUCCUCCCUGACAGCGGAGGGAGAAGCCCACCCCCGAGAAGUCGGGGUGCGGCCCCGGGACUUCCUGCAGGUGCUUCAGCGAGUCCAGCUGUCCAGCUCCCACACACAGGCCGUCGUGGAGAAGGUGCGUUCCUAUGGUGGCGACCUGCUGUCAGCCGGCGAGUUUCAGAAACUCUUUAAUGAGUUUGACAAAAGGGUGAUUAAAGAGCCCCCACCGCGGCCCGAGUACCCGUCUCCCUUCCUGAGGAGGGCCCAGAUCGUCUGCAGCCACCGCUACUUUGACUACCUGGGGAACUUCAUCGCCCUUGGGAACCUCGUGUCCAUUUCUGUGUUCCUGGUGAUAGAUGCAGACGUGCUGCCCGAGGACCGAGACGACUUUGUCCUAGGGAUUCUCAACUGCGUCUUCAUCCUUUACUACCUGCUGGAAUUGCUGCUGAAGGUGUUUGCCCUGGGCCUGCCGGGCUACCUGGCCCACUCCAGCAACGUGUUUGAUGGCCUGCUCACCGUCGUCCUGCUGGUUUUGGAGAUCUCAACUCUGGCUGUGUACCGGUUCCCACACCCGGGCUGGAAGCCAGAGAGGCUGGGCCUGCUGUCGCUGUGGGACAUGGCCCGGCUGGUGAACACACUCAUCGUGGUCCGGUUCCUGCGCAUUAUCCCGAGCCUGAAGCUAAUGGCUGUGGUGGCCAGUACCAUCCUGGACCUGAUCAGAAACAUGCGGGCUUUUGGCGGGAUCCUGGUGGUGGUGUACUACGUCUUCGCCAUCCUGGGCAUCAGCCUGUUCCGCGGCGUCAUCGUGGCUCCUGGAAACGGCAGCCUGAGCCCUGACAAUAGCUCGGCACCCUGCGGAAGCUUUGAGCAGCUGGAGUACUGGCCCAACAACUUCGAUGACUUUGCGGCCGCCCUCAUCACUCUGUGGAACGUGAUGGUGGUGAACAACUGGCAGGUGUUCCUGGAGGCCUAUCGGCGCUACUCGGGCCCGUGGUCGAAGAUCUACUUUGUGUUGUGGUGGCUGGUGUCGUCUGUCAUCUGGGUCAACCUGUUUUUGGCUCUGAUCCUGGAGAAUUUUCUUCACAAGUGGGACCGCCGCAGUCACCUGCAGUCCCUCGCUGGGGACCCGGACAGCACCUAUCAGAUGAGUGCAGAGCUCUUGUUCAGGGAGGUCCUGGAGGAGCCGACUGAGGACGAGCUCACGGAGAAGCUGAGCCACCACCCGCACCUGCGGCUGUGCAGGCUGGGGCUGAGAGCAGAGGCCCCGGGUCACUGCUGAUCCGAACCACGAACCACCACCAGCUUUUCUUGGUGGCACCCGAGUGGGCUGCUUGAACUUUGUGUGGCGUCUGGGCCAUGCCGCUCUCUUCGUAAGCUGGCUUCAGCAGGACUCCGGCUCCUCGGAGUCCUGGAAGAGGGUGACUCCUCAGGGACUCUCAAGACUGAGCAGCGGGAAGCCGCGGCCUGCCUUCCAGAGCCUGUGAUUUCCGUGGUGCCUUCACUGGUGGCUUUCGGGGACCAGAGGCCCGCCUGGGGCCCGUGCAGGCCAGCCAGCAGCUUCCCAGGGCAUUAGGUUUGGGAUCCUAGUGGUUUUACGUGAGGAGGAUCUUAACCGUUUCAUUAUUUAAUGGUUCGUGUGAGUGUGAUUGGGUGUAUUUCUUUAUGGGUCAGAAUGCCAGUAAUUUUUAUCCUGAAGUCUUGCAAAGAA